CCGACAGUCCAGCCAACAGGAGCGUCUCUUUUUUUUCUUACGUCGAGGUAGCGAUCGGACGUCGAGUGUUCAAGUCGCGUGUGAUCGGCCCGGUGUAGAAAAAUCUUGGCGGAGAGAUCAUCAUCGAUUACGUCGGUAUCUCCGCCGCUCUCGCUCGAGAGACAGAGACAGAGACUUUCCGGGCUGGGCAAAGUUUUGGGAACCAGUGAUUAGAACUAUCAAGUGAUUAGAGACCGGGGUGAGAGCCUAGGAGAUCAGUGGAUAGCCGGCUAAGAUGGGCUCGUUUGCGAUCGGAACGGUGGCAGCCACGGCCGCGAGCCUGAUAUUCACGGCGCUGUUGGCGAGCGGCGACGCUGCGUUGGCCAGGACGGCGUUCGAGAAGCUCACCGACUACGAUUACCGCGGCACUACCUAUUACAGCGUGAGGAAUCUGUCGUUGUACGAGUGCCAAGGAUGGUGCAGAGAGGAGGCGGAAUGUCAGGCCGCCGCGUUCUCGUUCGUCGUGAAUCCCUUGGCGCCGAUGCAGGACACCCUCUGCCAGCUGCAGAACGAAACGGCCGCCACGAAUCCGGCCGCGCAGCCCCAGAGAGCCGCCAAUAUGUAUUACAUGACGAAGCUGCAGAUAAGAUCCGAGAACGUUUGUUUGCGACCGUGGGCCUUCGAACGCAUCCCGAACAAGAUGAUACGCGGCUUGGACAACGCGUUAAUUUACACGUCCACGAAAGAAGCUUGUCUCGCGGCCUGCUUAAACGAGCAUCGUUUCACCUGUCGUUCCGUGGAGUAUAAUUACGUGACGCUCCAGUGUCAUCUGAGCGAUUCGGAUCGUCGUACGACGGGUCAGUACGUUCAAUUCGUGGAUGCGCAGGGAGUGGAUUACUUCGAAAAUUUAUGUUUGAAAGGAAAAGAGGCCUGCAAGGCUCAAAGGAUCUUCCAAAUGCCCAGAAUCGGCGUGGCGGACGAUAAGGUCGCACAGUACGCGGGUCUGCACUAUUACACCGAUAAGGAGCUGCAGGUCCAAAGCGAAUCCGCCUGCAGAUUAGCCUGUGAAAUCGAGAACGAGUUUCUUUGUAGAUCCUUCCUUUAUCGAGGCGCGCCACAAGGGUCGGCUUACAACUGUCAGCUCUUCCAUUUGGACCACUGGACUCUCCCGGAUGGACCUUCAACGUAUCUAAACGCGGAGAGGCCUUUGAUCGACAACGGAGAACGAGUUGGCACCUAUUUCGAGAAUUUCUGCGAAAAAGGCAGCGGGCCAAUAUCGGAUCCGUUACCGGUCGUGUUUGAAACCACAGAAGAUUCUUCGAUAAAUAAUCUCACUCGAAACGACAUUAAUUGCGACAAGACGGGAACUUGUUACGAUGUAUCGGUUGACUGCAAAGACACUCGUAUUGCCGUUCAAGUUCGUACAAAUAAGCCUUUCAAUGGGCGCAUUUACGCUCUCGGACGAUCUGAGACAUGCAAUAUUGAUGUUAUUAAUAGCGAUCUCUUCAGGCUCGAUCUCACGAUGAGUGGACAAGAUUGCAAUACUCAAAGCGUGCAGCGUGACGGUUUUCAGACUGGAAUAUAUUCGAACACGGUUGUAUUGCAACAUCAUUCCGUGGUAAUGACGAAGGCCGACAAAAUCUACAAAGUUAAAUGUACAUACGAUAUGUCCUCGAAAAAUAUUACAUUCGGCAUGAUGCCAAUCAGAGAUCCGGAAAUGAUCAGUAUUACUAGCGCACCGGAAGCGCCUCCACCCAGGAUUCGCAUCCUUGACAGCCGAUCGCGAGAGGUUGAAACUGUACGCAUUGGUGACAAAUUGACAUUUAGAAUUGAAAUCCCGGAAGACACUCCUUACGGCAUUUUCGCUCGCAGUUGCGUAGCUAUGGCAAAGGACUCGAAAAGCACGUUUCAAAUUAUCGAUGACGAAGGAUGUCCCGUCGAUCCUUCCAUCUUCCCCAGCUUCACCCCUGACGGUAACGCUCUGCAAUCUAUAUAUGAGGCCUUUAGGUUUACCGAAUCUUACGGCGUAAUCUUCCAAUGUAACGUGAAGUACUGUUUGGGACCUUGCGAAGCGGCCGUUUGCGAAUGGGGACGUGAAUCCGUGGAGUCGUGGGGUAAGAGACGCAGAAGAAGUAUCGCAAAUUCGACGGAGGAGAAAGGCGAAGAUAUGACUCUAUCUCAAGAGAUCCUGGUGCUCGACUUUGGUGAUGAGAAGCAGUCCGAAUUCCUGAAGAACGAUGCCAGCAUAGACUUCAACGAAGCAGAUAAAACAGUGACCAUCGUGGAGCCGUGUCCAACGAAAACCUCGGUGCUGGCGCUUGGGGUGACGUGCGCUCUUCUGGUACUCAUCUAUAUCUCCACGAUCUUCUGUUAUUACAUGAAGAAAUGGCUGACACCUCGCAAAAUGAUGCCUUAAAGAACAAGAAGGAUUAUCGUUCGCGCAUUUGCAAAAGUAAAUAGGAGAAACGAUAACGAGAAGUGCGAGAGGUUCACACAUACAUUCACACGCACACACACGCAUACUCAUGUCGUAAGUUAUCAAAAGAUUCAUACUUCGCUCUCUCAUUCCUAUUGUACGUUCAUUUUCAUUAUAUCUGCAACGGAUAAAGCUCACGCGAAAGAAGAUAGAAGAUAAAAGAUCGUUAUCCAAAAGAGGCAAUCAUACUAUCGUAACGCGUAUCUGGACUGCCCUUAAUGCAUUUAGUAUUCUCCGUAACAUAUCAUUGAUGACGAUUGUAAGAACCGAUUAUAUAAUGUCCGAGCGAAUAAUAUUAUCGGUAACGCACUGAUGCUCAUUAGUAUAGACCGACAUUUUCAAAGGGAUUAUUUAAAAGAUGUCAAUAAUGAAAUGCGCGAAAAUAAGCUUACACAAACAUUAAAAGUUGCUUUGACUGACGCGAUGAUGAAGAUCACACGGAUCUCUUGUACUAUAAUAUAUAUUGAAAUGCAAACACCUACACGAACUUGAGGAACGGAGAGGAUGACUCGGCUUCUCUCGGCUGAGGUAAUAUUUAGCAACGAGCAACUCAUGAAUAUCGUAACUUUUAUGAAGGUGACGUAUUUUAGGACAGUCACAGAUUAUAUAACGCGUAAAAAUUGUAAGAGUGCAAUAUUACAUUUUCGUUAAAUAUAUUAGAUGGCCGUCAGGCUUAAACAUACACGGUCACUUCGUGUGUGUGGACGCGUGUACUUAACGUGAGCCAUUUGUCUCUGGCCACGAAAAUGUGCCGAAAUACUACUGAAAUAACAAUCGCGACUGAAUUUUGCUGACGCGAUUUGUCUUUACGUAUGAAGGAAGCUAUACAAUGCUACAUCAGCGACUGUGAUUGAAAUUUGAAUGAUGGUUUGCGCAUGUCGGACUCUGGAGGUGUUUGUUGAAAAGUUGGCGACCGAUUCUUCCGCACACAUACAUACAGACACACGCAUUACGUACACAUACGACAUAUUUCGCGGAGCUCACUCGCGACUAAGGACCACCUUGAAAAUGCAAUGAGUAGAUUUUAUUUAAGAAUAUUCUUAGAAACAGCUAACUGUGUCCUCUAGUGGCUACUUCUGAUCGGGUUGCAAAGAGAACAGGAGCGAGCGGCGAAUUUAUUUUUCGUCUCGCUCGGCAGUGAAAUUUUUCGAUACUGUCUGGACGAUCGAUAUGGCCCUGGUUUUUAGUUAAUGGAGAUCGAUUUGUAACCCGCAUCAAGACUAGCGGUAUUUAAAGGUUCACGCUUCACUAACGUCUUUAAUGAUACAAGUAGCGUUAAGAUAGCGAUUAAGCAUGUAAGCAUAGACGAAAGAAAGGAAAAAAGAGAAUGAUCGAGAAAUUUUCUCGGAUUUAGCGGCUUCUCGAAUGGUUCAUACUGUUUAAAGAUGAAGAAAGAAAGAAAAAAUUGAAUGAAGAAAAAAAUCGCCAACGCAUUCCAAGAAGAGCACGAAGACUAUUGAUGUUAUAGCAAUUAAUUGAUGUAACUAACUGAAUAACGGCGAUAUUAAUAGACGAAUUGAAGGAAAAUUCCAGGUACGAACUUUUUGCUUAGAAGUCGCUAAAACUCUCUUGAAACUUACAAGGAAGAGUACCUCUACUCGUGAAACUCGUACCGGUACUGGAACUGAUGAGAGACAAGAGAAGCACUCGGGCAUUCGGUUACUGAGGUGUAGAUAGUCUUCUGCGUGUUUCCGAAGCUCCGAUGGCUUUUGAAAAUUUUAGCCGUGCGCGUUCAGAGUUAAAACAAGACUCGAGGUACAAUGUACUGUCGGCGGAAUAAGUAGCCGAAUAAUUCUAUAAGGACAAUGAUAUUUUCUCCCAGUUUAUCAACUCCACUCAAUUAGUAAACUCGGUACAAAAUAUCUUGUUAAAUACUCUUUUUCUUCAAAUACUACCAUAAUGAAUGAGCAAGUAUUCAUUUUGAAAAGAAAUCUUUAUUCCCGUUUAAAAAAAUAAAUAUGUAAAUAAAUAUUUCAAUAUAUCGUAUUUUGUUAAUAUAUGGCAUAAAUGUUGAGAUGAGAAAAGUUAACGUGCGAGCAUGAGUAAAAGAAUUCAAUUCGUAAAUGUUCACUUCUUUUACAAGAGUAAAUUUUACAAAUUAUUUCUUUACAGUUAAUUAUUAAGUAAUUUAUAAACGUUAAAUAUAUAUCUAUUUGUUUGAUUUGUGGCAACAAUAUCAAUUUGGUAUUACUGGGCGGAUUUUUCCUACCUUAGAAACGUAAAUCAUAUACAGCACGAAUUGGGUGGAGUAAAUUAAAACUUCCGGUUGAGGUGCUUGCUCUAAAGGGGUCACAAAUAGAAUUGAAUAUUUUUAAGUCAAAACGACGGGAAAAGAUUAAUAAUUACAUUUCAUGAAAACUUUCUUAAAUUUACAAAAUACAUUUUAAUGAGUUGACAAAAGAAAGAAUUGUAGUAAAUUCUUGGUGGAAUUAAAACAAUAAAAUUUAUUUAGAAACGCUCAUGAGUGUGACUCCUUGUGGUAUACAAAACAAUUUAUAAAAUGUAUAUAUUUAUAUAUAUAUAUUAUUAAGUCGGACUGUGCAGUAGACAUUCAGAAAUGAACACAUAUGCAUCAAUACGCAUCAAUCACAUAUAUUUGUACCCUAUUUAUAUACGCGAAUGUUUCAGUAAUUAAACUCAAAUCAGUUUUGACAGAA